AUGACUAAGGAUGCUGAUUCUGAGCGGAUGCGGAAAGAGUUACUGCAGGAUAUUCGGGUGGAGUUAAACAAAUUCGAAGGUAGAAAGGAACAAGAGAAGCGACCAGACCCUUUCAACUUCGAAGGGGAUGGAAAGUCUAGUAGGAAUGGUGCAAAACCAAAGGGACAGGUUGAGCCAAAUUUGAAUCAGGAUUCGAGGACAGAGGCACCAGUAGAAGCUAACGGACUACAGGUACAGCCUAGCGAGAGGGAGAGAGCUUUAGAAGCGCAGGUCAAGGAUUUACAACAGAAAGUGGAGAUGCUUUUGAGUCAAUCUGAGGGGGCCAAAGGUGGAAACGGAGAUAGUGGUUCGGAGAACGGAAACUUGGCAGGCAGACAUGGAAGUAGCGAACGAUAUGCGGGAUCUGAAAGCAGCGGUAAAUACGCGAAUCGACAGGGGAAAACUGAGGCGACAACAAGGCAGUCCCCAAGCAGCCAUAGCUCGAGGCAAAAAGAACUAGAUAGGAACGUAGCUCUCGGAAAUGAAGUGAAUGACAGGGACAGACAAAAGCUUGAAAGGUGCGGUUACUAUCAACAAGAUGACAGGAAUCCAGGAAUAACAGAUGAUCGGGUUAUGCAGAGGGAGAAUCGUUUUUCCCAAGGAAACGAAAGAAAUGGGAGUUGGGACAGGCAGCGUAAUCGGUUAGAUAGUUACAGGACCCGUGAUGAGCGAGCGAUGCGUCGAAGCGAUGGAACUUUCUUCGUCGGGAACAGACAGCUUCAGCGGGAACGGGAACAAGAACAGUAUAGAAUGAGAGAACCGUGGAGAGAUGAUAUAACACACGAUACAGAAGCGGAUAUGGGUAGAAACGAGUAUCGGGAUCAGCGAAGAAGUGAGAGGAUGCGUAAUGAACGGUGGGGAAAUCCGUACGAUGGGAAUCAGUCCGACAGAUCGUGGAGACAGCAGCGAGGCGGGUAUAGAGAGGCCGAUCAGCGUCGUUCGGGAGAGAAUGCAACACGACAUUGGAAUCGUCGACCAGACGAGUCUCCGAGACCGUUCGCUGGGGGAGAACCGCAGAUGGUAUUCAGCUCGGAUGAAUUUUCGGAAGAUGAGAGAAGGUGGAACAGGAGAGAACAGGAGCCGGUGCGUAACGUUAGAAGAAUCAACGAAGCUGAGAUUCGGGACGCAGACCGUAGGAUGGAGAAGUGGCACGUGAGCUUCAGUGGCGAUGCGCGAAGCAGGUCUCUAGAGGAUUUCCUGCUAAAGGUUCGUCGACUUGCGAAAAUGGAUAGGAUCGCCGACGACGUCCUCAUGCAGAGGAUACACACCAUUCUGCGAGGAGAGGCGUACGACUGGUACCUGUGUUACGCUGACGAGUUCAACGAUUGGAAGCAGUUUGAGGAGAGGAUCCGGUAUAUGUAUGGUAACCCAAAUAAGGAUCAAGGGAAUCGCCAGAAGAUUUAUGAAAGGAAGCAGAGUCGCAAUGAAACUUUUCUAAGUUUCAAAAUGGAAAUUGAGCGGCUCAAUAAGCUUCUUAGCACUCCCUUAGAUCCACAGCGAAUCUUUGAAGUUAUUUGGGAUAACAUGCGGCCCCAUUACCGAUCGAAAUUGGCCUGUAAAACUGUGGACAGUUUACGUAAACUGGAGUACUACGCGUAUAGAAUCGAUGCUAACGAUCCGGUUUUUAGAAAUGCUCGAGAGGGACCGUCUAGAGCAAAUGCAGUCCAUAAUAUUGAGGUGGAUCAAAAGGAGGACGAAUCAUAUAGCUCAGAGUCAGAAUCGGAAAACGUGAAUGCCAUAGGAGGCAAGUUCGAUAGAGACAGGAGAUACAGGGAUCAGCGGACAGGUGGUGUUAGUGGCAGAAGUCAGGAAGCAAAGAAUCGAGAAUCUUCCGGUUCGUCGCAACUACCGUUGUGCUGGAACUGCAGGAAAAACGGUCAUUUGUGGCGAAAUUGUCCAGAAGAAAAAAGGCUGUUCUGCUAUCUGUGUGGCGCGCAGGGUAAGACGGUAACAACUUGCGAAAACCAUGCUGGAGAUGGUAGAGCGCAGGCUAAGGAGAACUCGGGAAACUAA